CCCAUUUAGUAAAGUACUACACAUUCAACUCAAUUUACUCUCAUCAUGACCACUUGUAGUCUGGUCACAAGUGUACUUUUUCCUUCCUGUUUUCCAUUCCACCAAAUCCAUCACUGGCAGCUACAAAACACACACUCAUUCUUGAAACCCCAGUGAGCAUUAAGCAAUCGAUAACGGCGAUUAUGAGAUUUAGUAGUCACUGGGUUUCUCUCUCUUCCCUUUCUCUCUCAUCUGCUUCUCUCUCUCUCUCUCGAUUCAACAACGACAGCAAUGGCUCGAAAAAGGAAAAGAAUUAUUAAAAAAAGAGAAAUAGCCUCGCGAAUUGCGAACAUGCCUUCUGCUUCUGCCACGUGGAGCCAGUUUAUUAGGUAUGUUUUUGCUAUGGGGGCUCCCACAACAAUAUACCAACCUGCCAUGUCAGUAUCGCCCUCGUCCUAUGACCCCGGGAAUCCGUAUCGUAUGCCUCUCUCUCUAUUUAUUUCGUUUCACCGCUCUUCCUUUCCUUCUUUCUCGUUUCUCAUCUUCUUAUGUGCCCUAAUUUCCCAUACCCAUCUCGUUGCAUCUAUUUGCUGAAUCGCUCUCUCAGUGUUGUUUGAUCCUCUUUGUGUUCUCAGUUGUCCAAUUCUGCAAAAAGAUUUUUGGGUUUUUCUCCCAUUUGGAUGUUCUUGGUUUCAUUGUCACUCAUUUUGCCGCAGGAUUCUUGGAUUUGAGUGUGGAGGCUUUACUAUGGCUUGAUUAGUAUCUGGAAGUCCGGAUCCCUGGUCCCACUCAUUAAAUCAAUGUUAUGCUUCUGGAUACUGUUAAUGAUCAAUGUAGGACCAGGGGUCAAAAGAUGAAGGAAAAUAAUUCUGUGAAUAAUAAAAUGAUUGAUAGAAAUUGGGUUCUGAAGCGCAAAAGGAGGAGGCUUCCAUGUGGACCAGAUCAAUCCAAUGGUAAAGCAGAAGAUUCUGUCCCAGCAGAAUCCUCAAAGAACCUUCUUCCUGCUAAACGCAGGCUGAAAAGUGAUAUUCAAUCUUUAGAAGAUCCAUCCAAUGCUAAAGAAGGAAGUUCUGCACCUCCAGAAUCUCCCAGGAACCAUCCUCAUGCUAAACGCAGGCUGAAAAGUGACCUCAUUUCAGAUCGAUCAUCAUCCAAGAAGAAAGGAAAUGAUGGGUACUACUUCGAAUGUGUAAUCUGUGAUCUUGGUGGCAACUUGCUGUGUUGCGAUAGUUGCCCUCGAACAUAUCAUCUCCAGUGCCUUAGUCCCCCUCUCAAGCGUACUCCUCCUGGGAAGUGGCAUUGUCCAAACUGCUGUGAGCGAAAUGAUUCUGUAAAGCCCAUAAACCAUCCAGAAUCCAUUUUGAGACGUGCAAGAACGAAGAUUACUGCUGAAAAAUCUAAGAUGGGAAGUAAGUCAUCUGACUCUCACAAGGUAUCUCAGAACUUGGAAAGCUUAGUUCCAGCAAAAAGUAGAUCGUCCAGCAAAGCGAGAUCAACCUUUUCUCAUUUAGUCCCAUCUGUUGAAAAGAAGUCCAAUUCCUCCCAAACGGAUGUGUUGUGUAGCACAAAAUCAAGCCACUCAUCUCAGGGUGGACCUGGAGAAGCUAUUUCAUCACGUGGAAAUGCCGACAUUGAGAAGAAACCCAGCUUGUAUCAUGCAGAUGAAUCUGUUGACAGGAAGUUGCACUCUCCUGCUAAUGAAGUCCAGUCUUCUGGUAGGGUUUUUGACUCUGAGCCAAAUGAUGAACCUGCUCAGAGGAAGUCUGACUCUCUCUGUGAUAAUGGAAAAAAGCUCUUGCUGACAUCUGGUCAGGUCACUCAGAAAGCCAGGAAAAAGAAGAAAAAACUUAACAUGGAAGAUAAUAAUAAUAAUAAUAAAACCAGAGCUGACAAGGGAAAAUCUGCUGCAAAAUUAUCUCGCAAGCUUGGAUCUAAGUCAAUUUCUGCAAGUCCUGAAACUAGUAAACUACGCCAAAAAAACAAUUCAGGCAAUCAUCGGGUUUCAAUAUCUAUGUUGAAGGAGGAUCUUGGAACAAAAUCUUCUGUAGUGCAGCAACACGAUGAGAGGAGCCCGGAGGUAAUAUCAGCCUCCGUACAUGUCUUAGAUGAAACAAGGGGUCAAGAAGAUAAAAUGGUGACAUCUGACGAAAAUGUAUCUUGUGAAGUUCAACAGGUUGAUCGGAUUCUUGGAUGUCGAGUUCAAAGUAGUGAAAAAAUUUCUCAACAUUUCAGUCAACCAAUCAAAAUUUCAGCUUCCCCUGUGACUCCUCACACUGCAUCUGGAAACAUCCGUACACGGCCUGCAAAUGACCUGCCAUCUCAUUAUAUGCCUGUCCUAGAAAAAAUUGACAGGGUAUCGGAGGAUGAGCCUUCUAGUAGUAAUGUUGUAGAUGCUGAGAAUGCUGAUCUCACUGCCGAGGGAUGCAAUAAUUCUGUGAACCUAGUUGAUAAGAGAAAAGGCAGCAAGAAUGAUACCAAGGUGGAUAAGAUACAUGUCUAUAGAAGAUGUGCAAAAGAGGGCAGUGGAGAGGGGAAUGCCAUGGUCUCUAUGAGGAGAUCUUUCAAAAUUCGGAGUUUUAUGGUCUCAAGUACUGAAGUUCAAAAUGGAUCUGCUGUAGACAGAGGGGAUAUGGAGGAAAUAACUAAAAAGGCAGUGCCAGAAGAGAAUGCUAGUGUUGAACGUGUUAGUUUGGAUGUUGAUGGUAAUUGUCCAAUGCCAAAAGCAUGUGAAACCCCUGUAUUUUCAGAUGCUAAAGACAGGAAAGACAAGGAUAAGGAGAUGAGAUUGAAUGACAGUGUGGAGAACAAGAUGCAAGGGUCAGUCUUGGAGGAAUCUGCUCCAUCACUCACAGAUACAGUUUUAUAUGAAUUUUUUGUUAAAUGGGUUGGGCAAUCUCACAUUCAUAACAGCUGGGUUCCUGAACAGCAAUUGAAAUUUCUCGCAAAGAGAAAGCUAGAGAAUUAUAAGUCAAAGCAUGGAACAGCACUGAUAAAUCUUUGUGAGGAACAAUGGUGCCGGCCUCAAAGAGUGAUUGCCCUCCGUUCUUGCAAGGAUGGCACAACCGAAGCUUUUGUAAAAUGGCGUGGUCUACAUUAUGAUGAAUGCACAUGGGAGAAGUUUGAUGAAUCUACCUUUGGGAAAUCUUUGCAUUUGAUUGCUGAAUUUAAGCACUUUGAAUUCCAAACACUGGCCAAAGAUUCUGCCAAGGAUGAUUUUCCGAGGAGUAAGUGUCAACAUACUGACACAGUUGCUCUUGAAGAGCAGCCUAAGGAGCUGAAAGGAGGUUCCCUGUUUCCACAUCAACUAGAAGCUUUGAACUGGUUGCGCAAGUGCUGGCAUAAAUCUAAAAAUGUAAUCCUUGCUGAUGAGAUGGGGCUGGGAAAAACUGUGUCUGGCUGUGCUUUUAUUUCGUCUUUAUAUUUUGAGUUUAAAGUUAUGUUGCCUUGUCUAGUUUUGGUUCCUCUGUCCACAAUGCCUAACUGGCUUGCUGAGUUCUCAUUAUGGGCUCCAGAUCUGAAUGUUGUGGAGUAUCAUGGCUGUGCAAAAGCAAGAUCAAUUAUUCGUCAAUAUGAAUGGCAUGCAAAUGAUCCAAAUGGGUUAAACAAGAGAACUAAGUCAUACAAAUUUAAUGUUCUUUUGACUACUUAUGAGAUGGUGCUUGCUGACUCCUCCAAUUUGCGCGGUGUUCCCUGGGAGGUUCUUGUGGUUGAUGAGGGUCAUCGUCUGAAGAACUCAGGCAGUAAACUUUUCAGCAUGCUCAACACAUUUUCUUUUCAACACCGUGUUCUGUUGACUGGCACCCCUCUGCAGAAUAAUUUAGGUGAAAUGUACAACUUGCUAAAUUUCUUGCAGCCUACUUCGUUCCCUUCUCUGUCAUCAUUUGAAGAGAGAUUUAAUGAUCUCACAACUGCGGAAAAAGUGGAAGAGCUGAAAAAACUUGUUGCUCCUCAUAUGCUUCGAAGACUUAAAAAGGAUGCUAUGCAAAAUAUUCCCCCCAAGACUGAACGCAUGGUUCCUGUUGAGUUGUCAUCUAUCCAGGCAGAAUAUUAUCGGGCAAUGCUUACGAAGAAUUAUCAGAUAUUACGUAACAUCGGAAAGGGCGUUGCUCAGAAGUCAAUGCUGAAUAUUGUUAUGCAGCUUCGGAAAGUUUGCAAUCAUCCGUAUCUUAUACCAGGUACGGAGCCUGAUUCUGGAUCAGUAGAGUUCCUUCAAGAAAUGCGAAUAAAGGCAUCUGCCAAGCUGACACUGUUGCAUUCUAUGCUUAAGGUGUUGCAUAGAGAAGGCCAUCGUGUACUUAUAUUUUCACAGAUGACUAAGCUUCUUGAUAUACUUGAGGAUUAUUUGACGAUAGAAUACGGGCCUAAAACAUUUGAAAGAGUGGAUGGUUCAGUCUCAGUGGCUGACCGUCAAGCAGCAAUUACACGCUUCAAUCAAGAUAGAAGUCGAUUUGUGUUCUUGUUAUCUACACGGUCUUGUGGCCUAGGGAUCAAUCUGGCAACUGCUGACACUGUCAUUAUCUAUGAUUCUGAUUUCAACCCGCAUGCUGAUAUUCAAGCAAUGAAUCGUGCACAUCGGAUUGGACAGUCAAAAAGACUUCUCGUAUACAGGCUUGUUGUACGUGCGAGUGUUGAGGAGCGCAUCUUGCAGCUUGCAAAGAAGAAGUUGAUGCUUGAUCAACUUUUUGUGAACAAGUCUGGAUCCCAAAAAGAGGUGGAGGACAUUCUACGUUGGGGAACAGAAGAACUUUUUAAUGAUUCUAUUGGUGUGGCUGGAAAAGAUACUGUUGAGAAUUCUAGCAACAAAGAUGAAACAACCACAGACACAGAGCAUAAGCAUAAAAGGAGGUCUGGUGGCCUUGGAGAUGUGUACAAAGAUAGAUGCACGGAUGGCAGCACAAAGAUCAUUUGGGAUGAAAAUGCAAUUCUGAAGUUACUUGAUCGUUCAAACCUUCAGUCUGUGUUCUCUGAAAGUGCCGAAGGAGAUUUGGAGAAUGAUAUGCUUGGCUCUGUAAAGGUAAAGUGCAAUAUAUUUCGUGUUGCUCUGUUGAAAUUCACAAUUGGGUUUCCUCUGGACUGUAUUAUCAACAUUCCCUGCAUUGUUCUGUGA